UGAAAAUUGACUCACAAGUUCGGGACUAAGGCAUGGAAUCGGCCCCAAUAAAUAUUGGCAACAACUGUAACGUCCACAGUACGGACACAGUUGUUGCCGAGCACGUGAACCUUGAAAAACAGAAUUCACAUGGUGAUUCUGCAAUACAAUUGAUAUCGGAGCAAGUAGUGGCUGCUUCUUCCAGUGCUACAACCUACUCACACACGGGCAGUUCUCUUUCUGAUGGGAGAAUGGCACUUUUGAAGACUGACGCUGAGCCUGGCUCCAGUGGCUCAACCGAACCGAACAGUUCUACGGGUAGCGGGGGUGACGAGCCGCCUACCGAUGAGUGUGCCUAUGAUUGCAACAUAUGCUUCGACACCGCCAAGGAUGCCGUGGUUACCAUGUGCGGCCAUUUGUUCUGCUGGCCCUGCCUUCACCAGUGGCUAUUGACGCGUCCCAGCGUCAAACUCUGUCCCGUAUGCAAGGGCUUGGUGGACCAGGCCAACGUCAUACCAAUUUAUGGGCGAAAUGACAAGCAUCAAGUGGAUCCUCGCAAGAAGUGUCCGCCACGACCUGCUGGACACCGCGGCGAACCAAGGCCGGCUCGCUUUGGUCUAGGUCUACCGCGCUUUGGACUUGGAUUUGGUGGCGACAUUCACAUGUAUUUUGGCAUUGAUAUUUCUCCUUUUGGUUUUGUUCGAUCUCUACUCAAUGUUGGUGCACCGCGUCCGAUGGCUGGCAAUCGCGGCCCAGCCCCAAACGUCGAUCAGCAUAACCUUUCCAUGCUGUUUCUUUAUGUGGCCUUAUUUUGCUUCCUAUGGCUAUUCUUCUCAUAGGAAUUUGCCAGGCAGUUCCAACACCAAAAUUUUAAUAGUUAGAAAAUCAUUGCAAUGGAUUUACACACUCAGUAUACUGAGUUGAUUGGUUAUUUAUUUACACGAACUCACAUGAACCCUUCUUUUCCCUAAAGAACCCACGUGUCGCCGCACAAUAUUAUUAAUUUGAAUUUACACAUUACACAUAUUUCUGUAUGGCUCUUGAUAAUCUAUAAAUCAUUUGUAACAUCAGAUAAAUAUAACUGAAAUAUAUAUGGACACAUCAUUCAGAUUGAA